AUGCAAAGCUGGAAGCGGUUGAGCUGUGGCCUCUCCUUCUUGGUGGCUCUGGGCCUUCUGCGCGCCACAUGGAUCGGUCCAGGAGGGCCGCCAGACCUGGCUGCCGUUGCCGAGGGAACUUCGGCCGUUGGCAGCGCGGCCACUUCGGUGCCAGGCCCAGCGCUGCCGGAAGUGCCAGCGCGGCCUUCGGCACAAGAGGUGCUGCGGCGCCGCGCAGGGCUCUACGCCGACAAAUCCCGGGUCCCACAGUUUCGAGAUGUGGUGCUCUUGACCGUGGCCAAUGCUGCUUACAUGGACUUUCUGCUGAACUGGGAGUGCCACGCGCGGCGCUUGGGCUUGGAUUGGGUGACUUUGGCGCUGGACCAGGAGGCCUUCGAGCAACUGGACAAGACGCAAGCACUUCUGGCCACGGGGCAGACUGCGGCGAAGCCACUUGAGUACCUCAGCAAGGGCUUCAACCUCAUGUCGAUGAAUACCUUGGCCUCCGUGUUUGAUGUAAUGAAAGAGGGCUUUGACGUGGUCUUCACGGACAGUGACAAUGUCUUCCUGAGCGAUCCUUUUGCCGCAGGUGUAAGCCUUGGUGAGUUGAUUCGAUCCAAGAGGUACGACUACAUCUAUCAGCUGAACUGGCCUGGGCCCCGGCAUUACGAGCCAGGUGCCGAGGUGAAUGAAGGAAACACCGGCUUCUACUACGCCUCCAUGCGAAAGCCGCAGAUCAUGACCCAGCUAUGGGAGGCUGUGCUGAAGGAGUGUCGCCAGCGGCCGAACAUGGAUGGUCAGCCCAACUUCUGGAGCGCUCUGCGGCGGCUCCGGAAGGUGAACGUCUCGCCCUGCUUCCGGAUGUGCCGUCAGGAGAGCCAGUGCAACAGCAGUGCCCAGGCAGAGAUCCUGGAGUAUUGCGAAAUGGAUCCCUACGUGCAUCGCACCGGCUGGGGCAAGAGAGAUGAACAUGGUCCAGUCUCGUACCACGCCAACUUCAAGGUGGGUCGCAAGCCCAAGAUCGCCGCCUUGCAGGGCAUGAAGGCCGACGGACGCCGAGACCCGGAGUCGCAGAGUCCUGGAGUGGGAACGGUCGCCGGGCAGCAGAGGAACAACAUGUACAGGAAGAGGAGUCCACGUCUCCCCAAAGAAUACGAUGGCGCACGCAAGAUCAGCUUGAGACGGGAAGAUGAGCUGCGGGACCUAGACCAAACGGAAAGCAGAGUGGCCAAGACCAAACAAGGGCAGCAGGUCCAACUUCAGGAAGGAUUUGAAGAUCAAUUGAAAGCCCAUGACCAGGAGAACCGGAAACUUGACGGCUGUCGCAGUCCUUGCGGAGGGGUUGUGGCAGGAGCGGUUGUGGCCGUCCCGUUCUCCGCGAUCUGUUUGUACAUCGAUUGCGGCGCCUCACAGCAUAGAGGUGCCUCUGUUCCUGGCCACACGCCCGCACGGCGUGCGGUGGCCACCGCGACUUCCUUCGACUGCUUGCAGCAAGAGCGUCCGUGUCCACAGGUGAACUUUACCCGGUCGGCCUGGUACAACGCGCGGAAGGGGCCGAAGAGUAAGGAGGCCAUGCAGCGGCACAUCGAGUGCUGCCAUGCAAUCAAGCGGUCAGAAAGGGCAUGGGCAAGGACAGCAGACAUGUUGGAUGGCAACUGGUACUUCAAGUACUGUGCCUUUGCGCCACCGCCGUUCGAAGCCUUGGCUGAGUGGUUGCUGCGCCGCCUCAAAGGAGAUCAGGCGGAGCGAAGAGAUGCCGCUGAGCCACCGGGCAGCCGUGAGAGCUUCUUCUAG